AUGGCAUAUAAUUUGCGUUACAAUCGUGCCGCUUAUUUGGAUGCAUUGGCUAGCGAACUGUGUAAGCAUAAAAUUAUGAAUUUUGUACCUUCGAUACCAGUGAAGCAGCAGCGUCUUGUGCGCCAAAUGCAGCAGAGGCAGUUCGGCGGUGGUGAUGAGAGCGAAAUACCGGAUUUUGAAAGCCUUCGAAAAGCGGUGGAAAGCGUAAUUUCUUCUGGGACAGCAAGAAGCAACGAAGAUAAUCAGGCGGGUCCAUCCCAGUUGCAUCAUAUCGGGUCUGCACCAGUGUCUGUAUUGCCUCAAGUCAGUACCGGUACUUUCAUGGGACAGCGAGAAUUUUGGCAAGGUUGA